GAUUUAUAAAAUGAAGUGCUGUAGGCUUUUAUUUUGGAGGAUAGCGAGUCAGACCGGAUGUUGCGGUGAAGCUGCGGUGCUAACAGCUAACGGCUAACGGCUAACAGACAAACUCCCGGAUCGUCCCGGCAGAACCACCGACAGAACCACCGACAGAACCGACUUGUUCUGUUUCUUCUCAUGUUGCUGCUCUGCUGAACACGCGUCUGGAAGCUGCUCGUGCACGCGCACAGUCUCCAUGGCUACGGAAGAGUUCUACGAGGUGACGCGAGCUAAUGCUAACAGGCUAACGGUGGAGCGGAUCGUGGAUAAGAGGAAGAAUAAGAAGGGGCGGGUGGAGUACCUGGUGAGGUGGAGAGGUUACGGUUCAGAGGGGGACACCUGGGAGCCUGAGAGUCACUUGUCCACCUGCAUGAUCUACGUCCACGACUUCAACCGUCAGUACGCCGAGCACCAGAGAGACAGCACGUUACUGCGCUCCACCCGCAGCUCACCCAGUCACCACUGCAGCCCCGCCCACAGACCGCCAUGUAGACCGCUGCCGGGCACCGCAGCUCGCAGCGACAUCGGCGGCGGUUUGACGGGAGGCCGGGAUCAGUUGAAACACUCUGAUCCUCCUCUCAGCCCGGCCCACUCGCCCGCCACCGGACCGAUCCGCCAGGCGUCAGUCGGCUCCCAGCAGCCCCCGCUGGCCGACAGGUUCGGCUCCGGCGGUCUGUUGUCGGCGUCUCCGGCCGGCUCGGCCCGGCGGAGCGUGGAUCUGUCGAAGACCGGCAUCAAGAUCCUGGUACCUAAAAGUCCCAUGAACAGCCGGCUGGACUCGGAGGAGUCUCCCAGGGAGGCGGCUCACGGCCUGGAGGCCGGAGCGCAGGAGGCUCAUCUGGUUCCACCUGAGGUCGCCCUGCUGGAGAAACCAGGAGUCCAGCUGGGGCCUGGAGAGGAGAGGGCCCGCAUGGGGACCAGACCCCGCAGCCAGAACCUGCUGCCCCCGCCCCGGAUCCCCAUCACCCCCGCUGCCAUGCGCUCCCUCAGCGGGACAGGUGGCUCGGCACUGAUGGAGGCCGUCGCUGCUAACGGGAUGUCUGGUGUGCAGAGUGCCGUCACCGGGGCAACUAGCGUGACGGGGAAACGGCGUCUGGAGGAGCGUUCUGCUUUUGACAAACGUCUGAGGUUCAGUGUUCGGCAAACAGAGAGCGCCUAUCGUUACCGUGACAUCGUGGUGAAGAAGCAAGACGGCUUCACUCACAUCCUGCUGUCCACCAAGAGCUCAGAGAACAACACGCUCAACCCAGAGGUGAUGAAGGAGAUCCAGAGCGCCAUGGCGACAGCAGCAUCAGACGACAGUAAGCUGGUGUUGCUUGGCGCCGUCGGCAGUGUCUUCUGCUGCGGACUUGACUUCCUGUACUUCAUCAGACGCCUGACAGACGACAGGAAGAAGGAGAGCAUCAAGAUGGCUGAAACCAUCCGGACCUUCGUCAACACCUUCAUCCAGUUCAGGAAGCCGAUCGUGGCGGCCGUGAACGGGCCGGCGCUCGGCCUCGGCGCUGCCAUCCUGCCGCUCUGCGAUGUGGUGUGGGCCAAUGAGAAAGCCUGGUUCCAGACGCCGUACACGUCCUACGGACAGACGCCAGACAGCUGCUCAUCAUUUACCUUCCCCCGAAUCAUGGGCCUCGCCUCGGCUAACGAACUGUUGCUGAGUGGCAGGAAGCUGACGGCUCAGGAGGCAUGUUCUAAAGGUUUGGUGUCUCAGGUUCUCUGGCCAGGAACCUUCACACAGGAAGUGAUGCUGCGAGUCCGAGAGCUGGUGGCCGUCGACUCGCUGGUCCUGCAGGAGUCCAAAGCCCUGCUGAGGAACACCAGCCGCAGUGCUCUGCAGCAAACCAACGAGCGCGAGUGUGAAGCCCUGAAGAGAGUCUGGGGCUCCUCGCAGGGAACUGAUGCCAUCCUGCAGCACCUGCAGAGAGGGGCCCAGCUUUGCUAGGACCGGGACCUGACCAGGGCCUGACCAGGACUUUACCGAACCAGGACUGGACCUGGACCAGAGACUCACCAGAUUCUGAACGCAAUUCUUCUUUUGUUGUAAAACUUUAAGUUAUAAAAUCAGUUGGACAUUU